AUGAAAUCAUUCGGCGACGCUGAGAUCAGAAAAGAGCAGCAGAAACCAUCUCCGGGGAACGCCAAGAUCGGCGUCAGGGAUCGCAUCCAGCAUUUGACUUGGGCAUGGUUCACGACAACGAUGAGCACAGGUGGAUUGGCCCUGGUUCUUGGCCAGACACCACACCAGUUCCCCGGCCUGGAAACCAUUGGCAAGGCUGUCUUCAUCUUCAAUCUUGUCCUCUUUGUGAUCCUGGUAUCCUCUAUCAUCACACGAUUUAUACUAUGUCCCCGUGCUCUGAAGGCUUCUUUGACAGAUUGCACUGAAGCUUUCUUCUUCCCCACGUUUUGGCUCAGUAUUUCGACAAUAAUCAGCAACAGUCAGAUUUAUGGAGUGUCUGGAACUGGACCCUGGCUCGUGAUGGCGCUUCGUGUCAUCUUCUGGUUCUACGCCGGUUGCGCCCUGAUUAUCGCAAUCCUGCUGUACCUCAUGCUCUUCAGCACGCCUUCUGUCAAUGCAAAGUCUAAGGCUGACGGCGCUGCACCCAGUUGGGUCCUCCCAAUCUUCCCUGUUAUGCUGGGCGGCACACUAUCUGGAAUCAUCGCCCAACACCAGCCUCCUAACCACGCGCUCCCCAUAAUCGCCGCCGGCGUAUCAUUCCAAGGACUUGGCUGGAUGAUGUUUUCCGCUGUCAUGGCACUGUAUCUGCUGCGCCUAUUCCAGGCGGGCUUGGUUCCGCGAAAGCAGCGCGCUUCCAUGUUCAUGAUGGUCGGGCCGCCUAGCUUCACGGCACUGGCGUUGAUCUCCAACGCUAAGGCACUCCCACAAACGCACGAUUACUUCGCCGUUACGCAUCCUGGAGCACAAGACUUGCUGCUUGUCCUCUCCACCUGGGCUGCGAUCUUCCUGUGGGGCUUGGCAUUCUGGUUCUUUGGCCUGGCGCUGGCAGCGUGUCUGAUGGCGGUUCCCAGAGUUCGCUGGACACCAGCAUGGUGGGCUUACGUCUUUCCCAAUGUCGGCUUCACGGUCGCUACCAUCAAUACAGGUAAAGAAUUAGACAGUGAGGUUAUACUUUGGGUUGCCAGCGGAAUGACAGUCGCGUUGGUCGUCGUGUGGCUUUUUGUUGCGGGAGCUCAAAUCAGGGCCAUUGCUCGAAAGAUGGUACUGUGGCCUGGAAAGGAUGAGGAUCGGGAUGAACCGCAAGUGACGGAAAUGCUAAAGGGUUGA